CGCUAUUAACAGAAGACGAAGAAGAACCGGUUCAACAGCGCUUUCUGUGACGUUCGUGUUGUUUAAAGUUUCAGAUAAUGCACUAUAAUAGUUGAUGUCAACCAUGAUUCUGAGAGUUUUGUCUCUGAGAACCCUGCUUUUUCUGGGGUUGUGGCACACUGGAAAGAGAAGUCUAGCCUCUGCUCCAGAGAUCCAAGACCAGCCCAGGAAGAUAGCUGUGAUUGGAGCAGGCAUUGGUGGCACAGCAGCAGCAUAUUAUCUCAGGCAGGAGUUUGGAAUCGGGGUGAAGAUCGAUGUUUUUGAAUCUGGCACUAUCGGUGGGCGACUUGCAACAGUGAAGUUUGGAGAUGAUGAGUAUGAGACGGGAGGCUCUAUAAUCCAUCCUUUGAACCUACAUAUGAAGCACUUUAUCGAUACACUAGGUAUUCCCCAAAGGAAAGACGUUCCUUCUAAGAUAGCAAUCUUCGAUGGGAAGGAGCUGACUUUUGAAGAGAGCGACUGGUUUAUUGUGAAUUUCCUGCGCAUGCUCUGGAGAUACGGGUUCAACUUUCUUCGGAUGUACAUGUGGGUGGAGAGCAUUUUGGACAAGUUCAUGAGGAUCUACCAGUAUCAGCAGUACGGUUACUCCUUCUCCAGUGUGGAGAGCCUCUUACAUGCCAUGGGCGGCAAGACUUUCCUAACCUUGAUGAAUCAGACCCUGGAGGAAGCCAUGAUGAAAGAAGGAUUUUCACAGAUCUUCAUCAAUGACAUUGUUGCACCCAUCACUCGUGUCAAUUACGGCCAAAGUGUCCGCAUCAAUGGCUUUGUGGGUGCGGUGUCAUUGGCAGGGGCAGAUUCAGGCUUGUGGGCAGUGGACGGGGGCAAUAAGAGAAUGUGCUCAGGACUGCUAUACCACAGCAAGAGCGAACUCAUCCCAGCCAGAGUGACGUCCAUUUCAGUCAAGGUUCGACCAUCCAAGACAGGCAGCGCGGCCACUUUCUACGAGGUCAAUUAUGAUGGAGAAUUCGGCUCUGCACACGCUCUGUAUGACAUCGUGGUGGUAGCAACACCACUUCAUCAGGGAAUGUCUGACAUCAGCUUCCCAGGCUUUUAUCCACCAAUCCCUUCUCACUACCCUGGACGCUACCACCAGACAGUCUCUACUCUGGUCUACGGCCUGCUUAACAUGUCCUACCUCGGGACUACACAGCCGGCCUCAGAGUUCACCGUAUCCGACAUCCUCACCACAGACUUAAAGGGUUCCAUCAUCAACAGUCUGAUCUCUCUUGAUCCUGUUCACAUCCCUUCAGGUUACAAGCACCUCCCAGCGAGUCAGACCAAAAUCUGGAAGGUGUUCUCCCCAAAAACGCUCUCUCAGGAACAGCUGCGCCGCAUGUUUUUGUCCUCACAUUUGGUAUCAGAGACUCCUUGGCUAGCUUACCCUGCUUACCUGUCACCACACAGGAAGACUCCGCCCUUUAUCCUGCACAACCGGCUCUACUAUGUCAAUGCCGUGGAGUGGGCGGCUAGCGCCAUGGAGAUGAGCGCCAUCUCUGCCAGGAACGUGGCCCUGCUGGCGCACCACCGCUGGCACAACCAAGUGGACAAGAUUGACCAGGAAGACCUGCACAUGCGUUUACGAGGGGAACUCUGACGAGAACAAACGAAGUGACAGGAGAUCCAAAAAACAAAAAGACUACGCGGCCGCACCGUAAUAACCCCGCUGUUGGUGCAACACCCAAUCAGGUUUAAUCACCAUUAAACAGCCACAGUUCUUUGUUCUCAAACAGCGACACAAACCGCAGUAAAAAUUGGGCAACAGGUUUCACUGUGAGGUUCACUCAGAGAACCAAGAUCAGGAUCGACAUCUACAGGUUACUGUCUGUCCAUGAGUGAACAUAUUUUAGAUGUUUUUUUUAUGUAUGUUGCUGCUGAUAUGAAUACGGUACAGAUAAUGUCUAAGAACUCACUUUGUGCCAAAUGGAGUAAAUGAUUUUUUUUUUUUUUUUGGACAUGAUGUGCACUGAUUGACUCUCAUAAAUUUUCUCCUUCUCUACCUGUGUAGCACUUCUACUGUUUCCUUAUUGGUUCCAACAAAAGAGUUUGUU